AUGGCGCCUUCAACUCUUCCCGAAACACCGACCCUGGGCAAAGUCCACUCCGGAAUACCAGAAUCCCUCUUACACAAAGCCACCUCUGCCAAAGCAGCGGUCUACGAUGGCAAGACGGUGUCUGACAAGAUUCCCCUGAAGCGUGGGCUCCCAAUUCCCCAAGGCAUCUCCGAGAAAGCAUUCCUAUCCGCGAUUGACGAGCUACGAACUGCCAUUGGAGCCGAAAAUGUCGAAUUGAACGAUAAAGAAGUGAACAAUGGCUGGUACAUGGAACACCCAAACACACAUGACAUGAUGCCGCUAUUCGACGUUGAAGAAUUCAUCGCGUCUGCGGUAGUCUACCCUGGGUCGGUCCAAGAAGUGCAGAUCAUCGUGCGGUGGGCGAACAAGCAUCUCAUACCGAUUUUCCCGAUAUCGAUCGGUCGCAAUCUGGGGUAUGGAGGCUCGGCGCCACGGGUACGAGGAUCGGUGACGAUUGACCUCGGACGGCGAAUGAAUAAGAUAUUGGAUAUCAAUGCGGAGGAUUAUACUUGCCUUGUGGAGCCUGGAGUGACAUUCUAUGCGCUGUAUGAAGAAUUACAAAAGAGAGGCUUGGGUGACAAGAUGUGGAUUGAUACGCCGGAUCUAGGGGGAGGGAGUGUGUUGGGGAAUACAUUGGAUAGAGGCGUGGGGUACACGCCAUAUGGUGACCAUUGGGCCGUACAUUCUGGAUUGGAAGUUGUGUUGCCAAAAGGAGAGGUUGUACGAACGGGUAUGGGAGGUUUGGAGGGGAGUAACACCUGGCAAUGCUUCCCUUACGGCUUCGGCCCGUACAGCGAUGGUAUCUUCUCACAGUCAAACUAUGGAAUUGUGACAAAGAUGGGCAUGGCUUUAAUGCCCAACCCCGGAGGUUUUGAGUCUUUUAUGUAUACAUUCCAAAACGAAUCGGACCUCGCACCAUUGAUGGAGAUCAUCCGUCCCCUACGCAUUGCAAAUAUACUCGAGAACGUUGCGCAACUACGUCACGGUUUGCAGACACUCUCCAUACAAGGUUUCCCACGCGCGAAGUACUUCAAAGGCAAAGGUCAAAUGCCAGAAAGCAUAUACCGCGAGGAACUCAAGAAGACCAAGACUGGAGAUCACGCAUGGGUCUACUACGGAAUGUCGUACGGUCCAGCCAACAUUCGCAAAUUCAAACUCGAUAUUGUCGAUGCCGAGUUCCAUAAAAUUCCUGGCUGUAGGAAGAUCGACUCUAAGACAUUGCCUGCAGGCGAGUACUUCUGGAGUCGUGACAGGAUUGCAUCAGGAACGCCGGAUCUUGAGGAGUUGAGAUGGGUAAAUUGGAUGCCAAAUGGAGGUCAUAUUGCGUUUUCGCCUGUCAGUCCGAUUCGGGGAAUCGAUGCUGAAAGGUUGUUCGCACUUGCGAAGCAGCGACAUGCUGAAGCGGGCAUUGACCUGAUGCCUGCAUUCUGUGUUGGUCUGAGGGAAAUGCAUAUUAUUGUUGAGAUUGUCUUCGAUGCCCAGGACGCCGAUAUGAAACAAAAGGCAGAGAAAUGUCUACGUGACAUGAUCGACGACGCGGCCCGGCUGGGAUAUGGAGAGUAUCGUACCCAUCUCGCGCUCAUGGAUCAGGUUGCGGGGACAUAUAACUGGAACGAUGGUGCAUUGAUGAAGUUCAAUAACACGCUAAAAGAUGCCCUUGAUCCGCGAGGCAUCCUGGCUCCCGGAAGAUGUGGCAUAUGGCCUGCGCGAUACAGGCAGAGGGGCUGGGAAUUGAAGGGUGGUGAAAAGCGUGUGGAGGGUGAUGGCGUUGGCCCUCAACCAGGGGGUAACAAAAUCUAAUUCUAGUUGAAUCAAGAAACAUUGUACAUACGAGGUAGUCACUCCACUAAGUCCACCCUCCCGUCAGAUCAUUGCAGCCCAAUUGCGCAAGCAAUGUUAGCAGGCGAGGCGACAAUCGCCUUCCA